GCUGGGCUGGGUCGUUUCUGGACGCUAUCGUGCGAGCUGUAAUGCUCCAAACACCAAAUGCUUGCUUGCCUGUAAGGACUCUAUAGAUUCAAGGUUGGAAAAAUUAUUCCAGAUUGAAGAAGUUGCAACAAAGUCGGACGUGUGGACUCGUGAGCAAUAUAGCUGCGAAAAACUAUAUAAUGACACCGCUACUCGUAGCGCUAAUGGCCGGAUUGUAGUUAAAAUUCCAUUCAAGGACGAUCCGGCCUGCUUAGGUGAAUCAUACACUACAGCCUUGCGAAGAUUUAAUGCGCUAGAACGUCGGUUACAACGGUCCCCUAUCCUCAGGACACAGUACGUCGCAUUCAUGGAUGAGUAUGAGAAUCUAGGCCAUAUGCAAGCAGUGCCCAACCCGAAAUUGAACGAACCUCACUACUUUAUUCCCCACCACUGCGUUUUGAAGCCGAAUAGCACAACCACGAAGCUAAGAGUUGUCUUCGACGCAUCUUGUCGAACAACUACGCAGAAAUCGAUAAACGACAUCCAAAUAGUAGGACCUACUAUCCAAAGCAAGCUUGUAACUCUGUUGCUUCGUUUUCGCUUACAUCGCUUCGCUCUUACAGCAGACAUCGUGAAAAUGUAUAGGCAGGUGCUAGUCAGUGAGGAACAUCGCAAAUUCCAGUAUAUUUUGUGGAGGAGUUCGCCUCAUCAAGAUAUUAAAACAUUUCAGCUCAACACAGUCACGUACGGAAUGGCAGCCGCACCAUACCUCGCAGUACGCAGUCUACAUUACCUAGCCGAUCAAUAUGUGUCGCAAUUCGUCGUUGGGUCAACUGUCGUCAAGUCAUCGUUCUACGUCGACGAUUUGCUGUGUGGUGCUGACUCGCUUGCAGAGCUAUCACGGAUUAAACAUGAGAUAACAGAAUUACUAAAAUUAGGUGGACUAGAGCUGGCAAAAUGGCACUCUAACCACCAGCGUUUCAGAGGCGAACACACUGACAAGGAUUUGAAUCUCGACAACUCUGUCACCAGUGCUCUUGGUCUUAAAUGGGAUCAGAUUCAUGACAAUUUUCUAUUUUAUUUCCUACCAAAGCAGCCACUAAACGGCCGUGUUACAAAAAGGACAAUACUAUCCAUCGCAUCAUCGCUCUUCGACCCACUUGGCCUCCUAGCGCCAGUGACCGUCACCGCUAAAAUUUUGCUUCAGGAGCUGUGGUUGCUGAAACUCGAAUGGGACGAAUCGGUUCCCCAAACCAUCCAGUCGGCUUGGCAAACCUUUGUCAACAACCUUUCGGAUCUCGCCGCAGUUAAAGUUCCAAGAUUCGCAAAUCGUCCUUCACUGGCUCCAACUGCAUUCGGUUACGCUGUCAGCUUUCGUUGGCAACAGAGUGUCGGAAAUACAGGAUUCGACUAGGGACGCUCAUUGGAGACAUGUACCGACGAAAUGCAAUCCAGCCGAUAUUGUGUCCAGAGGAAGCACAGCGCUUGAACUUGGUGGCUCGAUUUGGCUAACUGGUCCAGCGUUCUUGUACGAAAAUAUAAACAACUGGCCUAACCAAUCAAAUG